AUUUUAAAAAUCUCACCCUCAAACACAAUUUUUUUUCCUAUUCUUCUCUCCUUCAAAUCUAUGCUAUAUAAACCCCAUAUCUACACCAUAUCUAAUGUGAGCAGGCACUUCCAUCUUCUAAACCCACUUCUUAUGCCAUUCCCUUGCAUGCUUCAUUUCCCAUUUCUGCAACUUCACUCCCAUUUCUUCAGUCCCAUCAUAUCACCCACAAAAGGAACCAAGGAGAGAUAGAUACACAGCCCUCAUUAAAUAAGCUUCUCUGCUUUUCUUUGCCCAUCUUCUUCUUGUACUUCUCAACCCCUAAGCCCAUAUUUUUCACUUCAAAUUCUUAACAAUGUGGAUGGUGGGUUACAAUGAUGGUGCUGAGUUCAACAUGCCUGAUUCAUUCAGUGGUAGAAAGCUUAGGCCUCUCAUUCCAAGACCCCCGCCUUCUGCAACCAACCUUUCAAGAACCCAUGUCCAUGGCACCGACUUUUUUGCACUAAAUCACCAUCUGGCGACUAUGGGUGAUCAAAACAAGAGGGAUUUCAACUCACAACCAGUCGUUGUUAGCUCAAGGUGGAACCCGACGCCAGAGCAGUUAAGGACCCUUGAGGAACUGUAUAGACGCGGCACUCGAACUCCAUCGGCAGAUCAAAUUCAGCAUAUUACUGCACAGCUGCGUAGGUACGGUAAGAUUGAAGGGAAGAAUGUGUUCUAUUGGUUUCAGAAUCACAAGGCAAGGGAGCGCCAGAAACGCCGACGUCAAAUGGAAUCAACUGCAACCGAUGAGCAUAACCGGGACAUCGAGAUCUUUGAAAGGAAAGAUUCAGGGGCAAACAGGACAGGGUAUGAAGUUGAACAAAGCAAGAACUGGACAGUCCCUAUGAACUGCAGUACACUAGCAGAGGAAUCUGUCUCAGUGCCAAUGGCAGCAAAGGCAGUAGUGGCAGAAUGUAGACCAGCUGGAUGGAUCCAGUUAGAUGAAGCAGAAUUACAACACAGAAGGAGCUAUGUUGGGGAAAGGAAUGCCACAUGGCAGAAGAUGAACUUCACUUGUCCUGCCUCCACCCACCUCAUGAACAACACCACCACCACCACCACCUCCCCCACCACCACUACUACUGCCACAGCCAUGGUGCCAUUACCAUCGGCCAUAAGAUCAAUCAAGACUCAUGACCUUGUGAACAUAUUUUUGGCACCCUACAAAGAGAACAGCAAUGGAUUACUCAACCACUUGAGCAGCCUUAGAAAUGAUGAAGAUGGGUGUGAGGAAUCUCAAACUCUUCAACUCUUCCCCCUUCGCAGUGGAGAUGACAGCUAUAACACCACCGAGAAAGAGACUGAAAUAUCAGUUGCUACCAUGAAUGCUAACUUAACCCCUUACCAGUUCUUUGAAUUCCUUCCAUUAAAGAACUAGAGUUUACUAUUGUAAUGAGAAUUUCCACUUUGCUAUGCCUGUAAAACAAUGGGUAGUGAUUAGAUUUUGUGUUUUGUUGGGAAUUGGAUCUGUUUUUAUUAUCCUUGAUGUUACAUUUCAUGGAAUUGGUGCUAUGGUAGGAUGUGGAUGGCAUGAAACAAGGAUUGCCUUAAAAUGCAUUUGGACCAUGUUGCUUUUUCCAAUGGAGAAAACGAACAUUAGAGAGAAUGUUACAGAAUAUAGGGCCUUGUUUGAGAAACUGAAAAUAUCUUGAGUAGAGAAUGUGAAAGGGAAAGAGAGAAUCUGGGGUUCCCCAAUGAAACAGGAUUAGAUUUGAGAGUUUGAUGUUGAAAGAAAGGGAUCUGAAAUGGGGAAUUGGAUUUGAGAGAUUUUGAUGUUGAAGUGACUCAAAAAAAGAAUAUGAAGUUUUAGAGUUAUUCAGUUUUGUUCUUUUGUUACAUUUUUAGAAAACAUAAUGGUUUUGUUCUUUUCAGUACUCCCAAAUAAAUUCCUUGCCCUGGA